GACCUUGUACUAUAUAUGUUUCACUAACUUUGUCACAAUAACGUUAUAUAACUCUCAAUACACACACACACACACACACACACACGCAUAAAUACCAUCAUCACCACCACUACCAACAACUUGCUCUACUUUGUACUCGUAAGCUUAAAGUUAAGAAUUAGCCAAUGGAAGUUGAAGUAACCUCCAACAAGAUUAUCAAACCUUCUUCUCCAACUCCGGAAAAUCUCCGCCGUUACAAGCUCUCUUUCCUUGAUCAAUUAUCACCCAAAGCCUAUGGUCCUUUGCUUUACUACUAUGCCUUAAAUGACCAUACCAUAAAUGAGCCAAAUUAUAUUUCGAAGAUAUCCAACAAGCUUAAGAAAUCUUUGUCCCAAGCCUUAACCCUCUACUAUCCACUCGCCGGACGAUUUAUAGACGACCGUUUCCUCGACUGCAAUGACGAUGGAGUUCCCUACUUUGAAGCUCGAGUGAAGACCAAACUUUCCGACGUGCACGAGAAUUGGAUCCCAUGUGAACUCAACAAGCUUCUUCCAUUUGAACUCGACGAAAUCGCUGAAUUGCCCCUCGGCGUCCAACUCAAUGUCUUUGAAUGCGGGGGAAUCGCCAUUGGCAUUUGCCUUUCCCAUAGGCUUGAAGACGCUUUGUCAUGUCUAGUGUUCGUCAAAAGUUGGAUGGCCAUUGCUCGAGGUGAGAAUGACACUGUUGCGCGUCCUGAAUUCAUCUCCGGAGAUCUCUUCCCGCCGAGGAAUAUGGGCGGGCAUGAUCCUACCCUCGCCAUCAAAAAGAACAUGUGCACUACAAACAUAACAAAGAGGUUUGUGUUCGAGGCUCGAAAGAUUGAGGCUCUUAGGUCAAAGUACGAGGAAACAAAAAGGGAAGAAGGAAUAAUAAAAAAUCAUAACGUCGUCUGGAAGCGGCCACGGCUUUCGCGCAUUUCAGCCCUCUCCGCUUUCCUAUGGAGCCGUUACAUGGCUGCAACAAAGUCACUCGAAGCCGAAGCUGGAAAAAACUAUGUCAUUCUCCACCCGGUGAACAUUCGUCCAAGAUGUGAUCCGCCGUUGGGUGAACAUUCUUUCGGAAACUACUACACCACCGCCGCAACAGUCGGAACCAUUACAAGUACUUGUACUGGGGAUGAAUACUGUUACGGCCUGGCGAGGAAGAUAGGAGAAGAGAUAAGAAAGAUUGAUAAGGAAUUUGUGAAAAACAAUAUUCAAGAAACGGGAGAUGAGUUGGUGGAGAUUAUCAAGAAAGAAACGGAAAGACUCAUCAAAGGAGAGGUGAUUGGGGUAGUCAUAACAAGUUUGUGCAGAUUUCCUCUCUAUGAAGCUGACUUUGGAUAUGGUAAGCCGACAUGGGUGAGUUCAGCUGCCAGGGGUUUUAUUAACCUAUUUGCUUUUAUGGACAACAAAGCUGGCGAUGGAAUAGAGGCUUAUAUCUGCUUGAAUGCAGAUGAUAUGGCCAAACUUGAAGUUGACAAAGAAUUUCUUGCCUUUGUGUCUCCAGAUGUGGCUGCUCUUGAUGAGUUCACCAUUCUCAAUGGAGCGUGAGUUUGAAAACUAGAAAAAAUGUCCCCCGUGUGUGUUUUGAUCAGUUUUUUUUUUUUUUUUUU